UGUGUGAAAACGGAUCAGGUUUUGGUGUGUAAAUGAUGGCUGCUGCAGGACCUCACCGCGCCGACAGGGGGCGGUGUGGAGAGUCGUCGUCCCACAACAACAUGGCGGUUCGCUGAAGCAGAUUGUAACAAAUGGCAAUAUUUGAAAUGCAGCGAGCGGGUUUUAUUAUUUACGCUUUUGGGAAAACGGAUGAGGUCGUUAGUCAUCGGCCGGUUGUCUUCGGGUGGAUUUGGUGAUUUUUGUUCCGUGUGGGAAGUGUGGGAUUCGAUCCGUGUUUCUAGACUCCGGGAGUCGGACACUUUUCAGCUUUCGCCACGCGGGGAGAAGCUGGUAUUUCGAGCCCGAAUUGAGACCACGAGGAGAAAAGACUUUGUUCCACACAUGAGGAGAAAUCUAUCAAAAACCCACAAGAAAUCCAGAUUAUAUGGAAGCCACUGAUUCAGAACAAGAGCAACGUCAGCCUGCAGAGCAGCUGAGGGAGUUAGUCCCCACCUCAAGUGGACGACAACGGAAGCGAAAUGUCAAAUAUUUGGAUUAUGAAAUGGACGGGACCUGGGGUGUCCAACCUGAUGAACAGGAUUUACCAAAAAAGAGCCCCAGAGCAAGCUCUCAAAAGUGUAGUGGAGCUAAGAUUUCCCCGAAAAAGACUGCAGAUGGAGACCAGGAAGCAAUGGACAAAAUACCUCAGACAUCGGUCAGAAAAACCUCCAAAAAAACUGAGAGAAAAACACCCAAGAAGUGUGUGUCAAAAAAGACUCCUGUCAAACCAGCUGCUGAGGCGGAGCUUCCAGGAGGCGAGAGCGGAGCUGCUGGUAACGUCCAACAGGAAAACGGCUUGCCAAAGCCAAAGAGAAAAUACGUGAAGAAGCAGCGUGUACAGCAACAAGCCUCUGAUACCGAUCCAGCAGGUCAGGAGGUUGAGCGGGAAACGCAGACUGAACGUGAAGAAGAGACGCCACCUGGUGGCCGCCCCAGGAGAGGAGCUGCUAAAGCGGCGCUGAAGUACCUUCAUUCUUUUGCGAAAGAGCUGCUCAGUCACUCUGGAGAUGAUGGCAUUCAUCCAGAAUGUGUUGAUGGAACCAGCACAGAGGGAAGCGAUCCCAGAUCCUUAAAAGAACGUAGAUAUCGGAAGAAGAAACGCUUCGACUCACCAGGAGAUGUAGACUUUGUGCCGUGUGCAGAUGAGGACGACUUCGACAGUAUUAAUGACGAAGAGGACGAGGAUCAAGAAUGUGACCGGGCCAAUGUUUCAUACUCCUCUAGCAAAGAACUCAGUGGAAUCACUGCAGACUUCAUGAAAGUUGCCAGCAAAGCUGCUACGAUAAACAAAAUCUUCCGGGAUGAGCACCACAGCAGCUCUGUCUUUCCUGAUUGGGUUCCGAAUGUUGGUGCCUGGCAACUGUUACCACACAGUGAUUUGGAAGAAUACCUUCCACAGGAGCUACAGUCAGUUGCUUUCAGAGUCUCCAGAGAAGGUCUCACAAAGGACAAGGAGCCCCUGACAACGCUCCACAGGUUUGAGGCGGUGCCUGCACACCCGGACCGCUGGGACAUGUUGCUGUAUGCAGGUGGACCGGUCUGGGCCACGGAGUGGUGUCCAACACCUGACGGUGUUCCAGCCGCCCAGUACAUCGCUCUGGCCUGCCAUCGACAGAUGGAUGACCUGCACUGUGUCAAUGAGCUAUAUGCUGAACCUGGACUCAUUCAGCUCUGGGAUGUGGGCACGCUGUUGCCCAACAGAAGACCCAGCUCCCAGCCGGUCCUGGCCUAUGGCUUGGUGCAGGACAAAGGUUUCAUUUGGCAGCUCAAGUGGUGUCCCUCAGGCGCGUGGGAGCUUCCCAGCUCAAGCAGGAAGGCUCCUUUUCUUCCCAGACUGGGUCUUCUCGCCGCUGCGACCUCCACUGGGGUGGUUACCAUUUAUAGUCUUCCCCACCCUGAAGCUCUCCACAUCAUCGACAAACCGCCUGACUCAGGAGAAGUCAACAGACUGCCGCCCAUCUACAAGGCAAAAGGAGUUUUAACAUUGAAGCUGGGUGCCUUCAAAGCUCCCCACCAUGAACAAAGUGGACAAGUCCUGUCUAUGGACUGGCUGCCUAUAAAACCACACAACAUCAUUGCAGUUGGAUUCUACGAUGGAGUAGUCGGUCUAUGGAAUCUGUCCACAAGGUCAGCACUGCUGCGAGUGCGAGAGAAGAACCAGACGACGUGUCUGCUGCCCUACAGAUGCUUCGUAGCCCACGGUAACGCUGUCCGUGCACUGGCUUUCUGUCCCGCCUUCAGUCACCUGCUUGUAACAGCGGGAGAAGACCGGCAGGUAAAGAUGUGGGAUCUGAGGAGUCCCUACGAACCGGUCACAGUUCAGAAACGCUACCUGACCACUGAGAUCUGCUGGCCUUUAAACGCUCCUGGGCUCCUUCUGUCCCAGGAGAAUGCUUAUGCAGGGAAUACUGGACACGGAAUUCACUACUACGACCAUAACAUGGGGUCCCUGUUUGUGAUUCCACGGAGCACAACUGUGUGGUCCUUGUCGUGUAGUGGUUGGCUGAACAGUGUGACGACGGCAGACAUGCUGGGUGAAGUGAUAUGUGCUGUUUUACCUCCGUUGUACGCCUGUGCCAACUACAACAAAUGGACAAGAGAAAGACGUUUUCCCGUCUACUUUACAGAUAUGAUGCCUUAUGACACAAAUACAGCUGAAGAAGAAAGUCAAGAGAUGGGAGGGUUGGAGGAGGGAGAUGAAGGGAGAGAGAGACUGAACGCUGAACAAGGAGCAGAGGAAGGAAGUGGUAGAAAAGAAAAUGAACCCCCAAAGGGCGUUCAACACCUACAAAGCAGCAGCAAAGAAAUAUUACCUCCAGUAUACAGACAGCAACAACCAUUCGGUAAGGAACUUGCGGCACCGCGCUCCGUGGAACGCAUGAAAAAAACUGAGGUCACAGCUGGAAUGAAUAUGGAUGUGAUGCCACUGGCUGCAGUACAUAAGGUGCGUCUGAGCCCAAACCUGAGCUCGUGCACGUGGCUGGCGUCCGGAGGUCAGGCGGGCCUGGUCAGACUCCACUCUCUGACGGCUAUGAGCACCUCCUACAUCCAGAAGCAACUCAGGAACAACCAGGCUCAGACCAACGCCGUCAACACUCCGGAAGUACAGAAUGCGUCCGAGCAGCCGGUGAGCCACCUGCUACAGCCGGACUUUAACGCCGCUGCAGAAUCAGAAGGUGGAUCCGAGCACAACUCGCCACACUGCACAGACGCCUGAGGGCGGAAAGAAUUCCACACACUGGGCAUUUUAGAUUACAGAGCGCUACAGACUAUUUCCUGGAUAGCGCCACAGAUAAUUGGACACUGUCAGUUUGGUUAGUUUGGGCGUUUUUCACUGCUUUAAUUUGAGUGUAAUUAGAUUCAGAAUUACAGCAGAUGUUGUGUGGUGCCCCCCCCCCCCCUUUUUUUUUUUUUUUUUUUUUUUUACAAGAACAAAAAUAACGACACAAAGGUUUGUGUUGUUGCCUCAUAAUUUCACUGAGAAGUCGGCAGAGAAGAGGCCCAGAGUUGAUGUGAGGAGACAGACACUUUAACCCAAUAUGCACAAUAUGAAUUUCAGAUGGCUUCUUUUUAAGUCCACCAGCCACUAAAGCCUGCAACCCUAUCAGAGUUCUUGGUGGCUUCCCUCACAAGUCUCCUUCCGGUUUUGAGUAUGUCUCUCUCUCAGUGGAUUUUCUGAACUAUACUGCCUCAUUUCUUUGCAUUUUUUUUUUUUUUGGUCAGGGACUUGAACAUAAAAUAUGUAAAUAAGCCAGUGGAAGUUGUUAAGACAUCCUAGAACUCUUUGCACUGUUAAUAGUAGAGUUAAAUGAACUCCAAAGGAUAUGUAGCUCUUGAAAUCAACUCCAGAUGUUUUGUCUUCUGACUUAUCAGUGAAAUAAUGAGGGGGAAAAAAACCCAAACCUGGUCCUGACACGGCUCCACAGACAAAGAAUCAAAGACCUUUGAGAUCAUUAAAAAUGAGAUCAAACCAGUAAGUGCUGCUCCUCAGCGUGACGCUCGCAGACUGAACAAUGACCUCGUUUCUCGUUUGGAAUACGCUGUGAUUGGCAGCUCAAAUAACUAAAUGAUCUAUGUCCAAAAUAUUUCUGGACCUGUCUAUUUCCUGUGUUUGAGGAAUCAUAAACACCUCCAAAUUGUCAGUCACACCAGCAAACAUCACCAUUGAGACUCUGAACACGACAGCGAGCGAAAGCUUUGAUUUCCGCGUGCGUUUCAGUCAGUGAAGGCGUCGGCGUUGGACAGCAGCCGUUCUCAGCUGGACUCACGAUGGACGUCCAUCUCAACCACUGCUUUCUGUCUUCACGCUUGAAGCUGUUCUUCAGGUUUGUUGAAACUUUGUGUGUGUGUGUGUGUGUGUGUGUGUGUGUGUGUGUGUGUGUGUGUGUGGUGUGUGUGUGUGUGUGUGUGUGUGUGUGUGUGUGUGUGUGUGUGUGUGUGUGUGUGUGUGUGUGUGUGUAGAUUAUUUUUAUUGAUCUUGUUUCAAUUAAAGUUUUACGCCCGUUUUUUUCACAGCAUUUCCCAGAUUUCUUUAAUUUGACUAUUUAUUUGAAACACAAUUGUAAUUCUAAAAUAUUAAUAUAAAAUACAGAGAUUAUUAUGUUUUAAUGCAGAGCGCUAACAAAACCUGGGAGUUUGUCUUUGUAGUAAUAUUCACUGUUAUUUUUAUUUUAACAACUCAGGCUGUAUAUGAGUGAUAAUACUUGAAUUUUUUUAUUGUAAAUAAAUUGAAGAGAAAUAUUUUAAAUAUUUUUUUUUUCCAAUUGUAAAUUCAUUCCUGUCAGACUUUUUUGUUUUUAUGCUUCUUAAUGUUCUUAAUCUGCCUCUUAGUCAGAUGUUUUGUAGUUAUUAUAAUUUUGAUAUAACUUCCUCAACUGAAUUAAUUUUCUGAUGCUUAAAUUGUGGUGUAAAAAA